AUGGAUGGUGAUGAUGGAAGCGGAACACGAGUCAACGGUUUCGCUAAACCGUUUCCCCCAAAACCACGUGAUGCGUCUACGGUAGCGACGCCGUCGAAUUCAACGCCCAAUGUUCAAGCUCCGCCUCCUGUUGUAGAUGCUCCCGAUAAAUAUUAUGUGCCCGGAGUUCGAGAUAAAUCAAAGUUUCGAGUGCUUUCACAGCAGGUAGAAAUCUCGAAUCUCUCGAUAGAAAGGAGAAGUUUCAAUGUUCGAUCUGAAAUGGUCAUACUUCCUCUAGAAAAAUCGCUUCAUCACUUGGAUCUUCAUAUUGGAGAAUCGUCGCUUCUUCCAAAUGAGAUUCCAGGAUCCACGAGUAAAAUCACAAUAAAUGGAAUAGAAUGUGAAUAUACAAGAAGGCGACAUUUGAAAGAUGUGACGGAGGCUAUUGAAGGCCAAUUAGAUACGAAGAAUAUUCCAAGUUUAGAGACGAAACUGAAUGAGAAACUACAGGAAAAUGACUAUGAAUUACAAAUUACUGUUCCGAAAGAUCUCAAGAAACGAAUGAAACACAGGAAAGCAGUUCGAUUACGAGUGGAUACUGUAGUUCAACAACCGACACGUGGAAUUCAAUUCGUUGAUUUUACGGGCGGUCGGAAAGAUGAUGUUCACGUGUUCACCUACCAUACACCAUAUCUAUCCGGUGCCAGAGAAUGGACAGUUUGUCUAGAUGAACCUGAACAACUGUCUCUUUGGGAAUUAACAUUUGAGUUGGAUCCAGAAUUAGUUCCAGUGUUUUCUGGAGAGCUGACAGAGAAACGACUAAAAAAUGGAAAGAUUCGAUAUAGAUUUCAUCAGACAGUACCAACGGAUGCAUGUAAUAUAGGAUGGGCAAUUGGAAAGUUCAGAAUGGAACCUCAUCCGGAAUCACCUACGAUUUAUACCUUCUCACUUCCUGGUCUCGAACCAUUCGUCAAUCACACGACGAUGUAUCUGGAUAAAAUGGUUGAAUUUCUCGAGGAGAAACUCUCCUGCCGAUUUCCAUUUCCCACUAUGAAAGUGGUGUUCGUCGAUCAAUCCACAGAAGAAAUUCAAGUGUACAGUUCGCUUCUCAUCGUUCCAACAUCUCUUCUCUAUCAUAAAAAGAUUAUCGAUGUCGUACAGGAGACGAGACAAAAGCUGAUUCAAGCGAUCGCUCAGCAGUUUUUUGGUUGCUUGAUUUCACCGGGACACUGGUGGCACUGGUGGAUUCCUCAAUCUCUUGCUAGAUUCUUGACAAGUCUUUAUGUGGAGACAAAACUUGGAACAGCUGAAGCGAGAUGGCAAUUGAAGAGAGCAAUGGAUGAUGUGUGUGAUUAUGAGCAUCAGUGGGGAAAGAUUAUUCUGUCGCCGGAUCAAAUGGAGAAUAAGAAGUUGUCACUUCACGUGGAUCCACGGAAUGAAUACACGGCAUCUCCACUCUACGUCGACGCAAUGCUGAAAAAGGGAUUCCUGACGAUGAGGAUGCUUCAGAAGAGAAUAGGACUGGAACCGUUCAUGAGAGUUCUUCAUCGUCUAUUAACUGUUGGAUUGGAUAUGAGUGAGAAGAAGACAACGCCUGCUGCAUGGAGACACCUUUUGAUCUCUACUGAAGCAUUCUUUCGAAGUGUCAGCUCAGUGACUGGAAGAGAGAUUCCUACUUUUCUAGAACAAUUUGUACGGACAGGUGGACAUGCUGCAUUUUCUGUCAAAUUCGAUUUCAAUCGAAAACGGAAUAUAGUGGAGAUUGAAGUGAAACAGGAUGAUACGGAAGGAAAUGGACGAACACAGUAUACUGGACCAUUGUCUGUAGUUGUGCAGGAAGUUGAUGGUGCUUUCAGUCAUACGAUACAAAUUGAUGGAGCCAUUUCUCAUGCUGAAAUAUCUUGUCAUUCGAAGGGAAGAAAACAGAAAAAGAAGAAAGUUCCGAUAUUAACUGGAGAGGAAAUCGAAAUCGAUCUGACUAAUAUGGACGCAGAAUCCCCUAUUCUUUGGCUUCGAAUUGAUAAUGAUUAUCUGCUUAUACGCGAAAUUUCAAUUAGUCAACCAAUGUUCCACUGGGAAUACAUGCUGAAAUAUGAACGAGAUGUGAUCGCACAAAUGGAGGCGUUGGAGAGAAUUCAGGCACUUCCGUCAGCUCAUAGUCGAAGUGUUAUAGUGGAUGCGGUGUCAAAUGAGAGAUUCUUUUAUAGAAUUCGAUGUCGAGCUGCUUUCGUUCUCACCUCGGUUCAAAAUCGAAAAUCCGAAGCGAUAGCUGUUGGGACACCGGUUCUCAUCAACAUGUUUCGAGAAAGUUUCGGUUGUAAAUCUUCAACCAACAUUCCGAAACCCAAUAAUUUUGUGGUGACAGCUCAAAACCUUCAACAAUAUUUCGUUAUGCAAUCUCUUCCACAAGCCAUUUCACGUCUUCGAAAACAAACAGGAGAAUGUCAUGAAGAUGUUCAAUCAUUCCUUCUGGAUCUUAUCAAAUUUAACGAUAACUCAACGAAUCGAUAUUCGGAUGAUUUCUAUCGUGCUUCGCUGUUCAACUCGCUUGCUGCGAGUAUCCAUCCAUCAGAAUUCCUUCCAUUUCGAGUCGAUCUUCCCGAGAAUUUGAGCAGCGAAUUCCGAGUUCUAAUCAAAGAAUUCACGUAUGCACUCAAUAUGGAUACAGUCAAUCCAUCAUAUGGCCGUGUUGUUGGAAUCGCAGCACUAUCUGGAUUGUAUCAACUACAAAAGUGUGGAUAUCUUCCACUGGAUUCAAAGUUGUUAUGGGCAUUCGCUCAUAGGAAUUCGUGUGUUCAAAUGAGAAGAUGUGCAGUCACUCUGAUUAUUGAUCGAAUUGUAAAUGAUAUUCAUGCAGUCGACACGAAGAUGUAUGAUCUUUCGAUGCUUCUGAAUCUCGUUUUGACUGAAAAGGAUCCCUCGAUUCGAAUGUUAAUUCCAAAGUUGUUAGCUCAAACCCCUCCAUUUGGAACUUAUAAUAACACAGUAUUCGGUUCCGAUAACCCUUGCAAUACGCCUGAAAUCGCUGAAAAACUAUGGUCACUUUGUACGAAUCCACAAUUAGACGGUUGUAUUCGAAGUGGUUUCCUUGAUGUCUACUACUCUCUGUAUGCUCUCGGAACCCCACCAGCAAUCGGAGGACCGGAUGAAUCUAUUGGAAUACAUCGUGCAUAUGUCACUGUUCCGAAUGCUGCUUCCACUUUUGCAACGUCACAAUGGCAUAACAGUGGGUAUGAGGCAGCGAGGAGAUCACCGCCACGAAGAGAUUUCGGAGAUGAAAUGAUGAAUUUAAUGCAUUAG